AUGACGUUGCCAGAUGUGAUCCCGUCCAUGGUGAGCCAUGUCCUCAACGCCCUUUCCCACACACACGAGUCUGUUCGCAAGCGAGCGUUGAUCGCCUUGAAGAACUUUUAUACCCUCGACAUAGAUCUGAUCCUGCCUUACUUCGACCAGAUCAAGGGCUCGCUCUAUGAUCCAGAACCAAGCGUCAUGUCAGCUGCUCUUGGAUUCUUUGCCAUUGCAGUCAAGGACCAUGCAAGGGAGAUGAAGGAGCUUGUGCCGGUGUUGAUUAAGAUCUUGCAGCAGGUCGUUGAUGGGAAGCUCCCCAAGGGAUAUCUGUACCACGGCAUGGCAGCGCCUUGGAUCCAGAUUCGGUGCCUGAUGAUCAUGGCUCAAUUGGGACACGAUGACCUUAGUACGGCCAUGACGCCUGUGGUCCUCAGAGUCUUCCACAAGGCCAGCCAAGGAGUGGAUGCGGCGUUUGGAGUGUUCUUCGAAGUGCUUCGGACACUCAACAGCUUUCACCCCGCCAUCAUCCUCGAAUUAUGCCAGUCCAAGGAAAGCACACGAAACCCGCUUCUGUCCAUCCCCAGAUUCGCCACCUCGACUAACCCUAACCUCAAAUACCUCGGCAUCUCGAUGCUCUGUCAAGUCAACCCUGAUGCCUGGUCAGAUGCCUGGUGGACAGAGGAUCUUCUGAGCGCGGUGGUUCAGGCUCUUGAGAGUCGAGAUGCUGCGAUCCAAAGGCGAGCUCUGGACCUGUUGUAUCGGAUGUUGACGCUUGAAAAUGCCCAGAACAUUAUUGAUCGACUGGUUUAUGCCUUCUUUCAAGAGCAGGAUGGUGGCCUCCAAGGAGCGAGCUCUCAACUGGGAUCGGCGUCUUCCUCGCGGAAGAACGAAAAACAUCAUCAGCAGCAACAGUUACAACUAUCGUCGUGGUUUCCUAGCCGAAAGGAAACGAUUCUAGGACAGAUCCUGGAUGCAGCAGAGCGGUUCGGUGCCAGGAGCCCAGGCUUUGUCAACUCGCGCCUGUCUAUCCUGGCGGCUCAACAGGCUAUGAGGCUACUUGUCCAGGAAGACUACAACCUCUCUUCCACGUUGGACUCUACGGCUCCAUGUCGCCAGCCAGCGCUUGCCUACGUUGUGUUUUGGGCGCUCGGCGAGUUUGGUGAUAAGUUGACGACCUCGGGUGCGGACGUGGAAGAAAAAGAGUUUGAUCUCGCCUCGGUCCUUGAAGCCCUUGCUCGAUGCCUCCUCGUCAACCAAGAUCUGCUGAUACAGUCAUUUGUUCUGUCCGCAUUGACCAAGCUGAGCGUGAAGACGCUGCCGAACCCAAUUCCCACCAGCAUCAUGAACGUUGUCCGGCAGCAGUGCCAACAGCACAACACGAAGACCAUGCUGUCAUCUUCGUUGGCGAUUAUUGAGGUCCAACAACGCGCCGCUGAGUUCCUAAUGAUUGCCGAACUUGCUGUGUCUUGA